GGUGAGGGAGGUUACAUCACCGAAGGAACCAAAAAUUACCCCUCACAAUCAUACAUUCAACGCUUCCAACUUCCUGGUUAGAACGGAUUUUGUCCACCUACUCCGUUCCCGGGAUAGAGCUAGAUCUUAGCAUUUCUUACCACCAUCAGGCAAGACACAGUUUCGUUAGAAUUUCAACACUGAGCCCUGUCAAAUCAUCAUCAUCUUCUCCUUCUUCCUCAUUGUCGAUCCUAAAGAUCAUUCCAUCAAUUCCCGAUUGGCCACAAGGAAUAACAAGGACAUCUACCGCGAGUCGGCGUUUGCUCCAGCAAAGAUGCAUAAAUUCCUACAGAAGCUCGAAGAUAAAGUCGACGAGCUACUGGGCCAGGAGCAAGAGGAGCACUCCCACACUAAUGAGGGGGCAUGCGACAAUUCUCAUCCUGUGGAACACACCAACAAUCGUUAUCACUCGUUCAGCCCUCAGACGUCAGGAAUCCCCAAGUGGUACGUUGACGGCGCGUCGUAUUUCUGGGCCGUCUCUCAUGCUCUAGAAGAGGCAAGAGAAAGUAUCUAUAUUUUAGACUGGUGGCUGAGCCCUGAGCUCUACUUGCGUCGACCCCCUGCACGCAAUGAGCAGUAUCGCCUGGACCGUAUGCUUCAUGCUGCGGCCGAACGGGGCGUGCAAAUAAGGAUUGUCGUUUACAAGGAAGUGCCCCAGGCGUUGACAUUGAACUCGGCACACACCAAACAUUGGCUGGAAGGACUACAUCCCAAUAUUAAAGUUUUCCGUCACCCUGAUCACACCCCAAAUGCCAACGACGUCCGCACUGAGCUUGCAGACUCGUUCCAGAACAUUUCUUUGGGCUCAUUCAAACUUUCUACCCUACCCAUAGACACCCUCAAGAGUCUAUAUGGCACAGCAGAUGACAUUGUCCUUUACUGGGCACACCAUGAAAAGCUUCUGAUUGUGGACAAUCAUGUUGCAUUCAUGGGAGGGCUAGAUAUGUGCUUCGGCAGAUAUGAUACCAACAGCCACCCCAUCGCCGAUGUUCACCCCGGAGAUCUGGAGAAGAUCGUCUUCCCCGGACAAGACUACAACAAUGCCAGGGUCUAUGACUUUGAAAAUGUAGACAGGUGGGAGAACAACAAACUGGAUCGCACUAAAAACUCCAGGAUGGGCUGGUCCGAUAUUUCCAUCAGUUUGAGCGGCAAUAUUGUCGGCAGUCUCCUUAUCCAUUUUGCAGAGCGCUGCUCAUUGAUGUACCUGGGGCGCACGCACCUCCGGCACCAGGUCUUCUGCCUGAGGGUGAGCACUUAUUUGGUGGUCUCCAUCGCCACUUCCGCCGCCACUUUGACCGUUACCUCCAGGGCCAAGACUCCCCACAGGAGCACCAUAAUCGGAGCGCCGGUGAAGGUCGGGAUGCCGGUAACGGCAAUGAAGCCCAUAUACAGCUCACUAGGAGGCGACGCCACCCAAUGGAGCUCUGGGCUAGCAACAGAGCACUCGAUAGCUAACGCCUACAUCGACGCCAUUACUAACGCCCAGCAUUUUGUCUACAUUGAGAACCAGUUCUUCAUCACGGCUACGGGUAACAACCAGCGACCAGUAGAGAACCAACUUGGUGCGGCGAUUGUGAAUCGUAUAGUGCGGGCCCACCAGAACAACGAGGCGUUCCACAUCUUCGUCUUGAUGCCUGCUGUGCCUGCCUUCGCGGGUGAUCUGAAGUCGGAUGGUGCCCUGGGGACUCGUGCAAUCAUGGAGUAUCAAUACAAUAGUAUCUCCCGGGGUGGUCACAGUAUCAUGGAGGUGGCACGACAGCAAGGCGUUGACGAUCCCAGCCGCUAUAUAACGUUCUACAACCUGCGGAACUAUGACCGUAUCAACACAAGCGAAACGAUGCAACGGGCGGAAUCGCAGAGUGGCGUCCAGUAUGAAGCUGCUCGCCGGGAGUUUGACGACAACGCCGAGAGGCAUCACGAUAUGCGUGAACAGAACGAGGGACGCUAUGGUGAACAGUACCGUCGAUACCAGGAUGCUGCUUCAAAGACGGAGGAUCGAAGCUGGGACACCAUAAGCGCCUGCUACAUGGACGGCGGCCCGGAUAUUCACAGUAUCCCCUGGCAUGGUAGUCCUGAAUCCGAACUGGACGCCUUUGUCUCAGAGGAGCUGUACAUUCACUCCAAGGUUCUCAUUGCUGAUGACCGUCUCGUCAUAUGCGGCUCUGCCAACCUCAACGAUCGCUCACAGCUGGGCAACCACGAUUCGGAAAUCGCCGUUGUCAUCGAGGAUCCCACACCUGUGCGUUCCCGUAUGAACGACCAGGACUUUAUAGCCUCGCGAUUUGCCACUUCACUGCGCCGCCAACUCUUUCGCAAACACCUAGGCCUUCUUCCCGAUCAAAAGUGCGACAGACCCGAUGCCAACUGGACCCCAGUGACCAGGGACCCCAACCGAUACGAUUGGGGCUCGCCCGCCGACGCCCUGGUGCAAGACCCAAUGAGCCCACGAUUCCUGGAGCUUUGGCGAAACACAGCGCGCACCAACACCGAGGUCUUCAGCAAAGCGUUCCACAACGUUCCCAACAACGCUGUGCGAACUUGGGAAGAAUACGACAAUUUCUUCUCGCGGCACUUCAUCAUCCCCGGCGCCGAGGCCAAGGAGGGAGACGAGCAUCACGACGUGGACAACUCAGGCAAGGUAAACUACGGCCACGUCGUGCGGGACGAGUUCCCUGGUGGUGUGGUGGAGCUCAAGGAUUGGCUCUCCCGCAUCAGGGGCUCCCUGGUUGAGAUGCCACUGGAUUUUCUUGUCGAUGUUCCCGAGAUGGCCAAGCAAGGUCUAUCUCUGAAUGCCUUCACAGACGAGCUGUACACCUAAGCCGAGAGUUGUCCAAGGUUAUGCGUGUGCUGUUUUUUUUUUUUUUGAUAUUUGAGUAAAUUGCUCUCUUAGCUACUUCCGCCAUCCUGCCGCGUUGGAAUAGAUACACGCUUUUUGUAUUGGUACAGCUUUACACAAACAUACCUGGUAUGUUCAUAAAUAGUCGCGAAUCCUGGACGACAUUCCUUGUGUCACCAAACCAACAUGAUGGACUGUGACAAGAGUAAAUGAGAACGUAGUCUAUUCAGUACCCCAGUGCCCAAGAAAUUAAGUGGCGCAAUCGAAGGCGCCCAGUGACUACCCCAAAGUUAUCGUUGACUGACUCUUUGAAAAAGUAACUGCCCAUUUCCCAGACAGGUUAUCACUUCCCCACCAGCCCCUAUAAUUCCAGACCAAAGCCCCAUGACAGGGCGCCAAUGUCGCCGGACGCAUGAGCUGAACUGGUCAGAAAGAGCAACCGGGCCAGAGUCCUCAGCAUGACAUAUGACACGGACUGCAGAGAAAUAUUAUACAAGCGUAUUUCAUAUCAAUUGGUUUGAAUAUGGAGUCCGAGGCUCUCGUUGCCGGAUCCUGCAAACCGUUCGUCGUUCGACUCCGCUGUACAAAGGAAAGGAAAGCAAGAAAACGAGAAAAAAAGAAGAAAAAAAAAAGAUUCCCAACUUCGUUCGUAUCCAGGAUGGCUCCCCAGAUCGUCCCCAUAUGCGUGGAUAGUGGCGUUGCUGUUUUUUUUUUUUUUUUUUGUUUUU